UCUUCUACACUGAUUCACCACUUGUCUUCUGGCUAUGCAUUUUGUGCAACAUUAGAAUAAAUAAUUCUAAUUAUCGUAUCUUAACUAAAGUUUAUUGUUCAACUGCAUAGAUAAAGUGUUGGAUCAAAGAAGAGGUGACACUUUUUAAAGCAAUUAACGGAAUGGAUAUUGAAAUCGAGGUUCUACAAGCGAAUGGAUCCAUCCGUACUCAAGAUAAAACACAAGAAGCGGAAGCGGAAGUAGAUCCAUGGAAAUUGCCGGAAGUUCACGUAGAAUACACAAAAUGGUCAGAGCUGAGUUGCUGUGGGAAAGUGAAGCGCAUGGCGGUUGGUAUUGGAAAGGUAAUACUGUUAAUCGGAUGCCUGUAUUUCUUCAUUUGUUCCCUGGAUCUGCUGAGCAAGUCGUUCAGGCUAAUUGGAGGAAAGACAGCUGGUUCCGUGUUUCAACACAACGAUAUACUUAGUAACCCUGUUGCGGGCCUCAUGAUCGGUGUCUUAGCAACCGUUCUCUUACAAUCGUCGUCAACAACAACAGGAAUCGCUAUAAGUAUGGCUGUUUCUAAAGUGUUGACAGUUAGAGAUGUGAUACCUAUAGUAAUGGGUGCCAACAUAGGAACAUCAACAACUAAUACCUUCGUGUCAUUGGGUCAAAUAACAAAGAAGGACGAAUUUAGACGAGCUUUUGCUGGGGCAACUGUUCAUGAUAUGUUCAACUGGUUGACUGUUUUAGUUUUUCUUCCACUAGAGGCAGUAACAGGGUACCUUUACUAUCUUACUAAAGCCAUUUUGUCUUCGGUUGACUUUCCAAAAUCAAAGGAAAAGCAAAAAUCGUUACAGCUGUUGAAGACAAUCACCAAACCUUUUACAAAUCUAAUUAUGCGGCUCGACAAGAGAGUUUUGUCUGAUAUUGCUAUAGGCAAGGAAGAAGCUAUUGGAACGAGUAUCAUCAAACAUUGCUGUAAAUCAAAUAAUAUUCCAAACAACAGUUCCUUUACUGACUGGAACUCUAACACCAGUAACUUUGAUAAUGACAGCAGGUCACAUUUAGAAGGAUUGUCAAGUAAAGUCUGUGUCACAAAAUGUCAGUUCAUGUUCGAGUCUGUUACUUGGAGCGAUACAACUGUUGGAAUCGUUUUGUUGAUCCUCACAUUGAUUCUUUUAAGCGCUUGUUUCUUCACUCUUGUUCGGACGCUUUAUUCCGUAAUGAGAGGGCCAAUACUUGCUCUCGUGCGGAGGUUCAUCAAUGCUGAUUUUCCGGGAGUAUUCGGUUAUUUUACAGGAUAUAUAGCGAUACUAAUUGGAACUGGUACUACCAUGGUAAUACAAUCAAGUUCCGUGUUAACGUCAGCCUUAACACCUUUAGUUGGGAUUGGAAUUCUUUCGAUUGAAAGAAUGUAUCCACUGACAUUAGGUGCAAAUCUCGGAACUACUUUUACAGCUGUGAUAAUAGCAUUAUCACAGAAUGCAGACGACAUGCAUGUUGCGUUCCAUGUGGCAUUGUGUCAUGUAUUUUUCAACAUUUCUGGCGUCUUACUUUUUUACCCAGUUCCAAUCACACGAUUACCAAUACGAAUGGCUAAAUUUCUUGGGAAUAAAACAGCCAAAUACAGAUGGUUUGCAGUGGCCUACUUACUGUUGUUAUUUGUGAUUUUACCAGCUGUGGUGUUCGGGUUGUCGUCUGUCAGCUGGGUCGCACUGGUUGCGGUAGCUGCACCAGUAAUACUAUUUCUUAUAUGUAUUACAACAGUGAACUAUCUACAAACUAAACGACCUGAAAAACUUCCCGAGAUACUUCGAACAUGGAAUUUUCUACCAUUGUGGCUUCGGUCUUUGGAGCCAUAUGAUCACAUAAUCAGAAAGAUUUGUUGCAAAUGUUUUCGUCGAAAUUAAUAAUUAUUUAAGCAUUAACUUAGCAUAAAAUUCAAAAGACAUAUGGAUAUUUUGAAGUUGAUGCAUUUGUAAAAACAUGUUUGUUUAAAAAUAUGAUUUGUUGUAUUUGAAAAUGUACUCUCUCAAAAGCAUUAAGCUUCUAUUUUUAAUACAAAGAUAGAUUUUUUU